AUGACAGGACCUUUUAACAGAGUGUAACUUCACACUCAAAUAUAAACCAGGAUGGACCAACGUGGUCGCCGAUGCACUGAGCCGUCAGGGAGCCAUAGUAGAAGCAUUUGCAUUAUCGACGAGUACAUGGGAUCUUUUGGAUGAGAUUCGAGCAGCAUACAAUACGGACCCCACCGUCAAAUAAUUAAUUCAACAGAUAGAGUCUGGUGAGACACGCCGACGUUGGCUACUCCGACGUUGGCUACUCCAAGAGACACGAUGUGCCCCUUGCUGGACACCCGGGGCAACAGAUGACACUAGCCCUCUUAUCAGCUAGUUAUUAUUGACCAAAUAUGGAGCGGGAUGUGGAAACAUAUGUCCACUUUUGCCUAAUAUGUCAAUAGGACAAGAUAGGGCGGCACUGCCCAACCGGAACAUUAGCGUCGUUACCUAUCUUAGAAGGACCGUGGGAAUCUCUAUCAAUAGACUUCAUCACAAGACUACCACGAGUGGGAAACUUGGACACCAUCUUGGUGGUGGUUAAUAGAUUCUCUAAGUAUGCCACAUUCAUACCAACUCGCUCAGAAUGCAAAGCGGAAGAAGUGGCCGGCUUAUUCUUGACACACAUUGUCAAGCUAUGGGGCCUUCCACGAGACAUUGUUUUGGAUUGCGACCCCUGCUUCACUAGAAGAUUCUGGUCAGCCCUCUUUACUCUCUUGGGCACUGAACUAAGUUUCUCUAUAGCAUUCCAUCCACAGACCGAUGGACAGACAGAGAGAGUCAAUGGCAUAUUGGAAGAUUACUUGAGACAUUAUGUUACCACUAGGCAAGACAAUUGGGUGGAGCUCUUGGAUGCGGCACAGCUUGCCCAUAACAUUCAGGAAUGUGUCUCUACUAGACACUCUCCAUUUGAACUGGCCACGGGAAGGCAUGCAUUGAUGCCUCCAGAAUUAGUGAAACAAUAAGGACCGGGGUACCUACUGGCCGCAUACCGGUUUGUUAAGAACCGUCAUGAUCAACUAGAGGAAGCCUGUGAAGCCCUUGUGAGAGUUGCUCGAUGAAUAAAGAAAAAUACGGAUCGCCAUUGACGAGAGGUUAAAUACGACAUCGGGGACUGGGUACUAUUGUGCAUAUAUCCUACCCACAAGAGUCUGCAAAGAUUGAAGUGCCAUAGCGGAUUGGUCCCUAAAUACGACGGACUUUUCUAAAUCGUCGCCCACAUAGGCCGCCUGGCAUACCGUCUACGACUCCCUCCACGACUCCCAAUCCAUCCAAUAUUUCACAUCUCCCUAUUAAAAGCUUACAAUGCAGAUGUGGACGACCCAUAACGUAACCGGCCCCGUCGCCCCCCACCAAUAGUACAAGCACACUAUGACCAAGCAGCCACCGCCAUUUUGGAUCACCAGGUCAUCAACAAAAGAGGGCGCAACCAUAUCCACCGCAACACAUUCUAUCUAGUGCAAUGGGCAGAACAAUCUCGGGAGGCUGCCACAUGGGAGAAAGAGGUGGACCUAUGGUAG